AUGUCUGAAAGAAAAGUGUUGAAUAAAUACUAUCCUCCAGAUUUCGAUCCAGCAAAAAUCCCCAAACUCAAACUUCCCAAAGAUCGUCAAUAUGUCGUCCGACUGAUGGCCCCGUUCAACAUGAGGUGUAAAACAUGCGGUGAAUACAUUUAUAAAGGUAAAAAGUUUAAUGCUCGAAAGGAGACUGUUCAAAAUGAGCUUUACAUGGGGCUGCCUAUAUUCCGCUUCUACAUCAAAUGCACCCGAUGCCUUGCUGAGAUCACAUUCAAGACUGACCCAGAAAACACAGACUAUGCGAUGGAGCAUGGAGCCACGAGGAACUUCCAGGCAGAGAAACUGAUCGAGGAAGAAGAGAAGAGAGUUCAACAGGAAAGAGAGGACGAAGAGCUCAAUAACCCAAUGAAGGUGUUGGAGAACCGCACUAAGGACUCUAAGAUGGAGAUGGAGGUUUUGGAGAACCUCCAGGAGCUCAAGGAGUUGAACCAGCGACAGGCUUUGGUGGAUUUUGAGGGAAUGAUUGACACAUACAGAGAACUGGAGCGAAGGGAGAAGGAGAGAGAGAAAGAAGAGGAUGAACGUGAGACCAAGGAGAUGAUGGAUCGCGUUCUUGUGAAAAGACUGAGAGACUCCGACUCUGAUUCAGAUGAGGAGAAGCAGAAAAAGAUCUCAAAGACAAACGACACAAAUGUUAAAGCAACAGACUUCCUGACCAGUGACAAGUUAGCUGGUCCACAGGGAGAAACGUCCUCAGGGGUAAAGAAGUUGGAGAGUUGGGAGAGGAGUGUGGGGACGUUGAGUGGGAAAGCUUCUCUGGGGUCUCUGAUCAUACGAAAGAAACCUGCAGCUGCUGGGAACAAACCCAGUGCAUCCAAAGCGAGCACUCCCCCAUCAAAAACUGACUCUGAAGUGUCCAGUGAUUCCUUGUCUGCUCCAAAGUCCACAUCCACACAAAAUGGCAGGACACGGGCGGCCUCCAAUGCAAAGAGCGAAAGAGGAUCCAUGGCAAAGUGGCUGAAACUCAACUUUGGCAGCAGGCGUGACCCUCCUCAGCCCCCGCGCCCCGACUACACCGAGAGUGAGAUUCUGAGGGCGUACCGGGCCCAAAAGGACCUGGACUUUGAGGACCCGUAUUCCCCCGACGGAGAGCAUCAGAACGGCGGCCUUGGCUCCUGCACCUCCACCGUGAGCCUGCCCUCCUUCCCGGCAUUUGGCGCAGUGCUGCCUAACGGAGUGGAGGUCAAAGUUGUAUCGCCAAAACACAGACUCAUCAAAGUUGACUCUCAGGAAUUUGGUCGCAGCAAAGUUCCCCUCAGCCCUGUGACUGUCCAAGAGGAAAUCGUGGUCCCAUCAGCUCCUGCUCCGUCGGACGCAGACACAGACUAUUCCGACCCAUUUGACGCCCGUCCAGACCCCCGACCCAAGCCGAGCUGGGAGCCGAAGACCGCACCUCCGGAGUGCGGCAGCUAUAUGGAGCCGUUUGAAGCUCAACGCAUCAUCUCAGAACUGCAGCACAGUGCAAUGUCGAGCCGAUCGGGGAGUAGCGACGGGGGGCAAUUAUACGACAACCCGUACGAGGAGAGGGGUCGCAGCCAUCCCCGCGCGGCCCCUCCCUCUCUGCACCCGGCCUGGUUAGACGCCGAGGGCCGGGAGAGCAGGCUGCCCCAGGACGACGAGCGGCCGGCGGAUGAGUACGACCAGCCCUGGGAGUGGAAGAAGGACAACAUCUCCAAGGCUCUGGCAGUUCAGUUUGAAGGGGCCGAGAGGGAGCGUUCCCGGACAGAGCACAGUCGGUUUGUUAAAGCCUCAGUCUCCUCAGAAUCCACCACGCUGCGUCUGGCCGGAGACGCGCUGCCUCUGCUGGGGGAGAGAGUCGACCCCUUCAUGCCCCUUGAAAGACAAGUGUAA